AUGGCUAACAAUCCGGCAGAUAAGCAAAGCGUGCCUUCUCAUUCGAAUGCAAUGCCAAGUCCUACAUCAGGGAUUAACAUGAACUACAUGCCUGUUCGACCACAGCCAUUCACCUCACCUCCGCAUACUUUCUCACCAUUCCCACCAUGGGAUGGUAAUUAUGGUGGGAUGACACAGCCGCCAAUGUCAUACAUGAGCAUGUUAGGCAGUCCACAAGGUUUGAUGUUUCCCACAGCCAGUUCUCAAAGUAGUGGACCUAAUCAAUUUUCACCAAACACCGGUGAUUCAGUUGGAAAGGAUAUUCAUGACGUUGAUGGUGCGGAGCACACUUCGCCAUUGAAAAGAGGGAAAAGAUUAGCACACAAAAAAAAAGUUCCGUGUACCAGGUUGAACUCAAGAGGCGUGGCUAAUAAGUUUUGGCUUCCAGAGCACGAUGAUGUGCUUAUUCCUUAUCUUGCAGAUUUAGCAUUGGAUGGCAUGAAGCCAGACAAGAACUUCAAGGCUGAAGCUUAUAAAAUGGCUGCCAUGAAAAUCAACAUGCAAUUCAGGACUGAUUUCACUCACCUGCAUGUCAUUAACCACUUGAAAUGUUUGCGGAACAAAUUCAAUGACAUGAAAGCUUGCCUUGAUAUAAGUGGUGCUGGGUGGGAUGAAACAAGUAAAAUGAUUACAUUGGAUGAGGAAACCUUGAAAUCUUGGGCCCAGGACAAAUCCAAUUCUAAGUACAAAGCAUACAUAAACAAACCCCUUCCUCACUUCAAAAAUUUACAAGUUAUCAUGGGUGAUGAUCAAGCCAAGGGUGAUUUUGUUAGACCCGUGUACGCUAACAUUGGGUCUAGUAGGUCCAUACCUAUUCCCGAUGAUGAUUGCGAGAUUCUAGAGGAGAGUGAAGCUGAACCACAGUCUGAUGCUUGCAACGCACCACGUUCUGGUGCUGUUAACCAACCACAACCCACUAGAUAUAAGACUAAGAGUAAAGACAACACGACUUCAUCAUCUAGCAAAAAAACCAGAAAAUUUAAUCGUGAAGAGGAAAUGAUGUGUGCCUUUGUUGAGUCCAUGUCUCAGUCAAUGAGGAAUCAACACGUUAUACACUGGACUGAGCAGUUGGCCACAGCGUUGAAGGAACAUAGGUCUGAAUAUUCCGAGGAGUUCCUCGAUAGGGUUUUAGACCAUUUAUAUGACAAUGAACGUGAAGGUAGGAGGUUUUUCAUUAAAUCUAAGGAAGGUCAACAGAGGUACAUCACAAAAUUAGUUAACGACCAAGGUAAGCUUUCUGCAGCUCAUGCUGAUGCUGCAGUUUGGGUGAGCUCAUGUUUUGAGCUUUCUGCAACUCAUGCUGCUGCUGGUUGCUGGUUUGUGCCUGUUUUGAGUUUUCUGCAGCAGCAUGAGUUGCUGCUAGUAGAGGCCUAUGAUGUUUUGGUGGAGAUGAUGGAGGAGGGGAUCGUUCCGACUAGGGGAACAAUGAAUGCCGCGUUGUGCUUCUUUUGUAAGGCAGGGAUGGUUGACGUUGCGCUUGAGCUCUAUCGUUCAAGGAGAGAGCUUGGUAUCUCGCCGAGCAAGUGGGUUUAUAAUCAUUUGAUGACUGCUCUUUGCAGGAAUGGAUCGGUCGAGGAGGUGUGUCAAGUUUUGGAGGAGUCAUUGCAGGAGGGCUAUUUCCCUGGGAAGCAGGCUUUUAGUAUUCUCGCCAAUAUGCUUUGUAGAGAGCAGAAGCUUAACAAGCUUCAUGAAUUGCUCGAGGGUGCACGAGAGAGGGCGGUGAAGCCAACUACAGCAGUUUUGGCCCGAUGUAUAACGACUCUCUGCAAGCAAGGAGAGUUGGAGAAGGCUUGGUCCAUUCGGCAUAUCUUCGGUGGAGGAGAUGUUGAAUUGUCUAGGUAUAGUUUUGUUUACACUGGUUUGAUUCGAGCAUUCAUUUCAUUAGGGAAGGUAGAUGUGCUUCCUGAGCUAAUAAUUCAGAUGCAAGAGUCUGGGCAUACCCCGACCAGGAAUCUGUAUCUAGCUGUUGUUGGUAGCUUAUGUGAGAUGGGAAAGUUUGAGGAGGUUCUGGGUCUUCUAAACAAGCAGUUAGAACUGCUGAACAAGAAAUCGGAUAUCAAAGAGUCAGAUAUGAGGACCUUUUACAAUUACUUUAUUGAUGGGGCUGCUCACGUCAAAAGGCUUGAAAUGGCUAUGGAAGUUUUUAGCCGGAUGGAGAGGUCGGGUGUCAAGGCAACUCUGGAUACUAAGAUUAUCUUGCUUCGGGGAUAUCUAAAGAGCGGGAGGAUAAGCAAUGCUAUGGACUUCUUUUCCCAUAUAGGUCGGGAAAGAGAGCCCAACACGAAGCUGUACAAUAUUUUCAUUGCAGGUCUUUGUGAAGCAGAACAUGUUGAGAUAGCAUUAGAAUCCUGGAAGGAGAUGAAGGGCAAGGGAAUGGUCCCAAGCCUUCAGUGCUAUGAGGAACUUGUGCUCGCCUUGUGCUCUGCGAGGGACUAUGAUACCGUUAUAAAAGUUCUUGAAGAUUUUUGGGAGACGGGUCGGCCCAUUUCUGCAUUUAUCUGUAAUGUGCUCUUGCUUCACACUUUAAAGGGUAAAGAACUUCUGAGGGCUUGGGUCGACUACAAGAAGGCAGAAGGAAGCAGAGGAGGAAUAGCAGGAUUGAGAUUAUCGCUUGGUGAGAUUAUUGUAGCAUUUUCAGGAGGGAUUAGGAUGAAGGGCGAUUUGAACAAUGUAGAAGAAGAUAUUGAAAAAUCUUUUCCGGUUGAUAUUUACACAUACAACAUGUUGUUGAGGGGUUUGAGUAUGGCAGGGCGGAUGGACUGUGCAUGCAACUUGUUUUCUAGGAUCCAGAAGAAGGGUUAUCAACCGAACCUUUGGACUUAUGACAUUAUGGUACAUGGUUUUUGCAAACAGAGAAACAGAAAGGAGGCUGAGAGCUGGAUCAGUGAAAUGUAUCGAAAUGGCUACUUACCAACGAUGUACACAAUGAAGAAAUUUAACAAUACAGGUUAGCUUGUGAUGCUGGUUACUCUUGGACAAAUGAUGCUCAAAGUCAUGAUUCCUACAAAACUUUGUCUUCCAGCAUCUCAUGUUGCCUCAGCUGAGUCAGGUGGCUUAGAGAUGAGUUUAGUCGGGAGAUUUACGCUGAUAAUAAUGAAGCUGUACCUGACAGUAUAUAUAGCUAUUUACCUUCACUCUGCUGAUAGCUGGAAAGGCGGCUUCCUGUAACCCAUACCCAAAUAGAUGGCUUUUGGGGUUGGUUUGCCCCACUAAUGUAAUGUAAUUUAUUUAGGCAGAUCAGUUGCAAAUUUUUAUUAUUGCUGAGAAAUUUUAUCCGUAAUUCUCGGAGUUCUCAGCUGAUGAUUAAUUCAUGUACUAUUGUUCAUGUCCCAUGUAAUAAGGUUCACUUUGUCAGCGCCAUGCAAGUUAUACCAUAACUUGCUAUAUUUUGCUGAUAUGUCUGUUCUAUCCCUUAACUUUAGUUUUUUUUAGAACUAUGAUGUAUGGUUUUGGUAUUAUAUUUGCCUAUCUACAAAUAAAAAAGAAAUGGAGUAUGAUAUGA